UGGUGCACGUGACAGGAAUCUUCAGUGACAACUUGAAAGGCAAGAGGAAUCAGUAGAUGAUUUUCAAAGUUUUAUUUGGUGUUUGAUUAGACAAAAAGGUAGACUAGUUAAAAAUGCCAGCUGGGAAAGUUCUGCAACCCGUCCUGAAAAUGAAGGUAGACGAACUCUUUUUGUGUUGGCUGAGUCAACCUGCAAGUCAGCUGGAGCUGAAGGACUAUUUGAGAAGCAUCAAGAAUGAGGAUAAAACUGAGAUUGCUAAUGGAGACUCAGGGAAUGGUGAAAAUGAGAGAUUCACUACUAAAAACUCCAACUGCAAGCAAAGCAUUUUAGGGGAUAUCAGGAUACCUUUGAUGUCUUUCAAUCCUCCUCAUCUUUCUACAGCACUUCCACUGGCAACUUCAACCAGCACAAGGAGUGCCUCUAAUACUAGAGGAAUACGUAGAUCUUCAGGGACCAGAGCAGUUCAGACAAAGAAGGAAGAACCUUUGCCAACAUCGCUUAGUCAGACCAUUCCAACUUUCUAUUUUCCUCGAGGGUGUCCUAAGGAAAAAGUGAAUAUAGAUGCUGUGAUUUCCAAAAUUGAAAGAACUUUCUCUGAAUUUCCAAAUGAGAGGGCAACUCUAGAAGAUAUGGGGAAAGUUGCAAAGGCUUGUGCAUGUCCCCUUUACUGGAAAGGUCCCUUGUUUUAUUGUGCUGGAGGUGAACGAACAGGAUAUGUGUCAGUUCAUAAAUUCGUCGCAAUGUGGCGGAAAAUCCUUCAGACCUGUUAUGAUGAUGCUGCAAAAUUUGUUCAUCUUCUAAUGAACCCUGGAUGCAACUAUUUGGUGCCUGAAGACUUCAUUCCUUUUUUACAAGAUGUGGUGAAUAGUCAUCCUGGCCUCUCAUUUUUAAAAGAAGCAUCUGAAUUUCAUUCUCGGUACAUCACCACAGUUGUACAGAGAAUAUACUAUACAGUAAAUAGGUCCUGGUCUGGGAAAAUUACYUGUAACGAGCUCAGGAAAAGCAACUUUUUGCAGAACGUGGCCUUAUUGGAAGAGGAAGCAGAUAUUAACCAGCUGACGGAGUACUUCUCAUAUGAGCAUUUCUAUGUAAUCUACUGCAAAUUUUGGGAGCUGGAUACAGAUCACGACCUCUAUAUUGACCGCAAGGAUUUAGCUCGGCACAAUGAUCACGCAAUAUCAAAUAGGAUGAUAGAGAGAAUCUUCUCAGGAGCGGUAACAAGAGGUAGAAAAGCACAAAAAGAGGGAAAAAUUAGUUAUGCUGAUUUUGUCUGGUUUUUGAUAUCUGAAGAAGACAAAAAGACACCGACAAGCAUCGAAUACUGGUUUCGCUGCAUGGAUCUUGAUGGGGAUGGUGCUUUGUCAAUGUAUGAGCUGGAAUAUUUUUAUGAAGAACAGUGCCAAAAAUUAGAUAACAUGGCCAUAGAACCUUUGCCAUUUGAAGACUGUUUGUGCCAGAUGCUGGAUCUUGUGAAGCCACAAUAUGAAGGAAAGAUUACUCUGCAUGAUUUGAAGAAAUGUAAGCUGACAAAUGUGUUUUUUGACACAUUUUUCAACAUUGAAAAAUAUCUCGACCAUGAACAGAAGGAUCAAUUUUCUGUGUUGCGAGAUGGUGAAGGUGAAAGCCAGGAGAUCUCCGACUGGGAGCGGUACGCGGCAGAGGAGUACGAUAUCCUGGUAGCAGAAGAGGCAGCAGGCGACCAGUGGAAUGAGGGCUAUGAAGCAGAGCUGAAUCCUGUAGACCACCAGAAGGCCAAUGUUCUCAAGUACCAAAUGGAGAAGAGACCUUUUUUUGAAGUGCCUUCCCACCUGGCUGAUGUAGACUUGGAUGAAUACGACUACGAAGAGGACUUUGAGGAGUGACAGGAGUCAACACUUGCAGAAGGAAAAGGACAGUCUGCAGCAGGUCUGCCGCACACCUAUACGUUUUGGUGGGGUUUGUUUCCAGGAAGUCAGCUGAGUUUUGUGCUAAAAAAUAUUUAAUCACUAGACUACCUUUUAAAGAAGUGCAUUUGUAUGGAAUGAUGAAACUUUUUGUAUUUAUUCAAUAGCCUAUAGUUUUUAAAAAAUAGAUUAAAAUAUUUAUUUAUAGAUGUUGCAUAAUUCCUUCUUGGAAGAAUAACAAUAUUUGACUGUAGAGAAAAGUAAUAUACUGUUUUUAAGAGACGACUGUGUAACUCUAAGUUGAUGUGUGGUGCACUGACCAUCUCCGUCCCAUGUGUAAAUAGACGUCCCCGUCCCGCCGUGGGAAGCAAGGAGGGAGCUGAUGUGUGACCUGCCGCGUGUGUUCGCUCGGGGCAGUUUCUGGGGGGUUUCUUCUUGCCUUGACCAGGAAGAGCCUCCUGCAAGUGCCUGACUYGGCUCCCAUUUCCUGCAAACGCUGUUUUGUUUGACAAGCUGAGCGGAUUAGUGCACAUGGAAAACGAACGGCUGAAGCAAAUGGCUCCUCUUUCUGUGUAGUCCCUGUUUGCCCCAACUUUUAACUUUGCUUGCCCUUUUAAACUUGUUUCAUUGAUGUUCAUUAUAAAAAAAAAAAAAAAAAAAAAAAAAAAAAAAAUAAUAAUGAAGUCUGUUUUUGUGUUCAUACUUGAUCCAAAAUGAGUGUUUUAAUUCAUGUAGAAGGAACCAAUUUUUUCCAAGUGCUCUGUCUACGUGUUACUUGAUCAGUGAUGUGCACUACUCUGUCGUGGGCAUUCAGUGCUCCUGCGUGUGCCCUGCCUUCGGGUGUUUGCUAUUGACACAUUCCAUGGCUAUUCAAACAGUGUCACAGCAGCUUGACCUUGUUGCCUCACUCUACUGUUAAACAGU